AUGGAAAGACUUUCUAAUAUCGCAUCUCAAGUUGCUCCUAGCAACGCUUCAGCAGUUUCAAAACUUGCUGAAAAGCACCCUGACGAUGUUGUUAUUGUCGCUGCUUACAGAACCGCUCAUACUAGAGGUGGUAAAGGUAAAUUCAAGGACACAACUUCCGGUGAAAUUCUUGCUGGUCUUUUAAAGGGAAUCGUUGAAAAGUCUGGUAUUGAUCCUGCUUCUAUUCAAGAUAUUGUUGUUGGUAAUGUUUGUAAUCCUGGUGCUGGUGUUAAUGAGCACAGAGCUGCUCAAUUAUACGCCGGAAUCCCUUAUACCGUUCCAUUCCAAGCUCUUAACAGACAAUGUUCGUCUGGUUUGAUGGCUGUUAACGAUAUUGCUAAUAAGAUUACUGCUGGUCAGAUUGAUAUUGGUAUUGGUGCUGGUGUUGAGUCCAUGUCUCAAAACUACGGCCCCAAUGUUCUUGGUGCUCAACCUGCUUCUUUCUUGGAACACCCUGUUGCUUCCAAGUGUUUGAUUCCUAUGGGUAUCACUUCAGAGAAUGUCGCUGAGAAGUACAAUGUCAGCAGAAGAGCUCAAGACGAGUUUGCUGCCAACUCUUACCAAAAGGCUGCCAAGGCUCAAGAUGCCGGUCUUUUCAAGGACGAGAUUCUUCCUAUUGAGACUACCAUUGUUGAGGAGGAUGCUGAGGGUAACGAGAAGGAGACCAAGGUUAUUGUCGACACUGACGAAGGUAUCAGACGUGGUGUUACUGCCGACUCUUUGGCCAAGGUCAGACCUGCUUUCAAGGCUGACGGUUCUACUCACGCUGGUAACGCUUCUCAAGUUUCCGAUGGUGCUGGUGCCGUUCUUCUUAUGAGACGUUCGACUGCCGAGAAGCUUGGUAAGCCCAUCUUGGCGAAGUACGUUCACGCCAAGGUUGUUGGUGUUCCUCCUGAGAUUAUGGGAAUCGGCCCUGCUGUUGCCAUUCCUGCUCUUCUUAAGGACCUUGGUCUUACUGUUGACGAUGUCGAUGUUUAUGAGAUCAACGAGGCCUUUGCUUCUCAAGCUCUUUACUCUGUCCGUUCUGCUGGCAUUGACAUCAACAGAGUCAACCCCAAGGGUGGUGCCAUUGCCUUUGGCCACCCUCUCGGUGCCACCGGUGCCCGUCAAUUCGCCACCUUGCUCACCGAGCUCAAGCGUACCAAAAAGAAGGUCGGUGUCACCUCCAUGUGCAUUGGUACCGGUAUGGGUGCUGCUUCCUUGGUCAUUGCCGAGUAA